ACGGGAGCCAGAGAGGAAACGAAGUCACACGUUGCUCAGUUUGCUGCUGGUGCGAUACGUACGUUCAUGUGCUGCACGGCGAAGGUGGCGAACGCGCCGGGACAACCGCGGCGGCUCGCCGGCGGCGAGGAGGAGGAGGAGCAAACGGCUGCGGGGACGACGACGUGGCCAAUGCUGUCGUGGCACGAGCAGAGGCGCCGGGAGACGUCGGCCAUGGUGUCGGCGCUGGCGAGGGUCGUCGCGGGCGGGGCGGCGGAGGAGGUGGUGGUCUCGCCGGAGAUGGCCUGGUGGGGAUACGGAGAUCUGCCGCCGUCGCAUUCCUCGGUGGCCGACGAGUACGGAGCGGCAGCAAUCCUGGCGCAGCACCUGCCUGCGGCGACGGCGUCGCCGGGCCCGAGCGAGCAGCUCCCCUCGCCGUCGUCUUCCGGCACGGGCGGGCGGCGCGCGUCGCCGCAGAGGCGGUACCGCGGCGUGCGGCAGCGGCCGUGGGGGAGGUGGGCGGCGGAGAUCCGGGACCCGCACAAGGCGGCGCGCGUGUGGCUCGGCACCUUCGAUACCGCGGAGGCCGCCGCGCGGGCCUACGACGAGGCCGCGCUGCGAUUCCGCGGCAGCCGCGCCAAGCUCAACUUCCCCGAGUCCGCGGCCCUACCGCCGCCCUCGGAGCAGCCGGCAUCCUCAGCGCCGCCGCCGAGGCCGGAGGCGCUGCUGGAGUCGCAGGCGCUGGCCAGCGAUUGGGAGUACUCGGAGUACGCCAGGUUCCUGCAGGGCGCCAACGAGCUGCCGCGCUUCCUUGAGCAGACGGUGCAAGCGCCCCAGCCGCCCGCGGUGACGGCGCCAGGCGCGCUGUCGAGUUCGUCGUUCCCGGUGUUCUCCGGCUUCGUCGUCGGAGACGAAAGCGACGGCACGUUGCACCAUCUCCAGACGCAGGGGAGCCGCUCCGGGCACCCGCCGGCGCCGGCGACUUGGCCGGGUUCUUCUGGGUGGUGGCCCGCGCCGCCGCAGGAUCCAUCCUGAUGACGCGCAAGGAUCUCUACGUCACGCGCUGCAAUUUUUUGGCCGAGUUUUUCAUGUUCGUUGACACGUGGACCAGUUUAGAUGGAGAGAUGCGUUCGUGUUAUUGUAUUCUUUUCGAAUAAAUUUUUGUUGCUAUCUCGGCUUCUUUUUUUAGCAAAAUUUUGAUCGUUCAAACAUGUGCGAAUCUAAACGCACCACAUCAAUGGCGCGGCGCCGGUGUAUCCGCCGAUAGUGUCCUACCCUGUUUCACUCCAGCCUUUUGAUGAACGUUCGCUUCUUCA